AUGGAUGCUUUUGAAGCUCGGAUCCAUUUCUCGGAUAUGCUGAAGAUUCUAAUGCCAUCCCAGCAAUCAGUAACAAACUGCACCAUGUACGCUAUCAAAAAUCGACACUUGCAGGAGGAUUUUCACUCUGUUAUACUGGAGGUACUGGAUGCUGUGGACUUGAAUGUGAGAAUAAACAUCUUUCAGUUUGUGGAUUCCUUGAUUGCAUCAGGAUCUGCGAUAGAGGGACGUCCAUUUGUGGAGAAUUUGGCUCAGGAUUUACCCGUAAUUUUGGAAAAAGUCGUACCUGUAAAUAGUAGCUCCAAAGCAUUUGUUAACCUUCAUUCCAGUUUUCAUAUUCUGGCUCACAUAUCACAUGAGUUGCAACUUAAGGACACCAAAGAGUACGAAAAAAAGUUCAACCUCAAUGAAACGUUAGAUGAGGACACUACUGAUCCAUUAAAAAGAAGUUGGAAGUUUUUGUUACAGCAGAAAGCACUACUGCAUUCGGAACGUUAUGCAUCAGAAGAUAAUACUGAGCUGAGCCAGGAAAGUUUGGCAGAGGUAGAUGCAGACCCGAAGUUAAGGUUAUAUACCUUAAGUGAGCAACAGAUUCUUGCCCGAAUGGAAGCGGACCGAGAAAGGCAUAAAAGGGCCAAAGAAAAACUCUGGAUGGUAACUCGAGAGUCUUACUCCCUCUCGUUCAAUGAGUUUGAAAAUAUAGAUGAUAGAUUCAGCUCUUUGCAGGACGAAGACUAUAAAGAGUUAAGGGAACUAAAACGCCUUGUUAACAAAUCUUUUAAUGGUAGAAAUCAAAGCUCGGAAUUCAAAAGGUUGAAAGCCUAA